AUGUCAACGUGUCGCUUGCAACGUAACGAUACCGAUACCGAUAACGAUAACGAUACCAAUUGCACACAAAUUACCAACAACUCAAAAUCGCUGGCAUAUCGAAAUCAGAACAUAACGGUAACAAUUGCAGCCAACAGCACUAACAGCAGUAACAACAGUAACCCUAACCGUAACCGUAAACGUAACCGUAACUGUGACAGUAACAGUGUGACCCACUGUAACUGCAAGAAUAACAUUAACAGAUUUGCAGAGAGUGCAAACAGAACUGUAAACAAGAAGAUCCUGUUAGCCACUGUGGUGUGUGUGCCAACUGCCUGGGUAAACGACAUCAACCUGACGCCGCCCAAGCAAUCGAAGUUGUCGUUGACGUUGACGUGGACGUUGCCAUUGCAAUUUCUGGCCGCGCUCGUUCAGCUCCUGCUCGUGACAACGAAUCAUAAAAGCGAGCUGCAUCAUAUGCUGUGCGAUUUAACCAUCCAGCGACAUACUGUGGCCAUUACCUAUGACCUCAGCCUCAGCGAAACACCAGCAAAAAAAGGCGCACCUCCAAUUCCACAAAAACGGAGUAAAGGCUUCGAACUGUGCAUGAAUUCAAAGAGGCGAACUAUAAGUCAUCGGACUUCAAGUAACAGACAUCGGAAGUUACAGCCGUUCAGGUACACGUGAGCCAACCAUUGUACCGUUCCAAUAGUUUUUUAUUAAACAUUCAAAAAAAAAAAACACAAAAAUCCAAAAAAAUUAAAAACAAAAAAAAAACCAACAAAAAAAAAA